AUGGGCUCAAUUGAAGAACAGAUUCCACCACCAGAUCCAGACGUAGUUAAAGUAUCAAUUUUAGGUUCCGAAUCGAUUAUCUUGGGUUUUCAUUUGACCGAUUAUAUGCUUAGGGAAAUAAUUCGGGAAAUACCCUCGCCAACUUAUGUUCUAAUAACUGACGAAAAUCUUGCUCCAAUUUAUUUAUCGAGGAUUAUUACCCGAUUUUCCACGAUUGCUACUGAAUCAUCAUUCGGCAAUGCUACCUCAUCACGAUUAAUCACCUAUACAAUACCUCCAGGCGAACAAUCAAAAUCACGUGCAAUUAAAGCUCAAAUUGAAGAUUUCCUUUUUGACCAAGCUUGUACACGAGACACUUGUAUUCUUGCAAUGGGUGGAGGAGUAAUUGGAGAUUUAGUGGGAUUUGUAGCAGCUACUUUCAUGCGUGGUGUGCCAUAUGUACAGAUUCCUACUACUUUGCUCGCGAUGGUUGAUUCUUCGAUUGGAGGAAAGACUGCUAUCGAUUUAACUUAUGGGAAAAAUCUGAUUGGCGCAUUUUGGCAGCCAAAAAAGAUUUAUAUUGAUCUAUGCUUUCUCAAAACUUUACCCGAACGUGAAUUUAUCGCUGGCAUGGCUGAAGUAAUUAAAACGGCAGCGAUAAGUAGCGAAAAAGAUUUUGUGAAUUUGGAAAAUGGUGUCAAAGCAAUUCGAGAAGCAUCUCAAUCAAUGCUUUUGUCUGUAAUUCUUGCAUCAGCACAGUUCAAAGCUAAUAUCGUGACAAACGAUGAACGUGAAGGUGGUCUUCGUGGCCUUCUCAAUUUUGGGCACACAAUCGGACAUGCUAUCGAAGCGAUCCUUACGCCAGAAAUGCUUCAUGGCGAAUGCGUCUCUAUCGGGAUAGUUAAAGAGGUCGAAAUUGCACGUAAUUUAGGAUAUUUAAAUCAAGUAGCGGUUGGUAGAUUAAUGCGAUGUUUACAAAGUUAUGGACUACCGGUUUCUUUAGAUGAGAAAAAAGUAACUGAUUUGGUUGGGAAUAAAUAUUGUUCUGUUGAUGGAUUAAUGGAAGCUAUGAAGUACGAUAAAAAGAAUCAAGGAGACAAGAAAAAAAUGGUAAUGUUAACUAGCAUCGGAAAAACCUUGGAGCAGAAAGCCACCGCAGUAUCUGAUGAGAUUAUACGUAAGGUUCUGUCACCUGCUAUAAAAGUAAUACCGUCCACCCCUAUUCCAAAUGUUGCGAUGUCUACUUUGGGUUCAAAAUCUAUUUCAAAUCGUGCAUUAAUUCUUGCCGCCUUAGGAGAAGGAACUUGUCGAUUAAAAGGCUUAUUGCAUUCAGAUGAUACUCAAGUGAUGCUGACUGCUUUACAAAAACUUGGUGCUGCGCAAUUUGAAUGGGAAGAUAAUGGUGAUACGUUAGUAGUGAUUGGUGGUGGUGGUGAAGGAAUCAAAGUACCUGAUAGUGAAAUUUAUCUUGGAAAUGCAGGAACAGCAUCAAGAUUUGUGACUACAGUAUGUACACUUGUAGAUCAUAAAAGUGUCACCGAGACAAAAACCGCUACAAUUCUAACAGGGAAUGAUAGGAUGAAACUACGUCCAAUUGCACCACUUGUGACAACUCUUUUGGAAAAUGGCUCAGAAAUACGUUAUUUAGAGAAAGAAGGCUCACUUCCAUUAGAGAUUAAGCCUUCAGUUGGAAGAUUUCAAGGUGGAUCAAUUAAUUUAACAGCUUCCGUUUCAUCUCAAUAUGUCUCUUCAAUUCUAAUGUGCGCACCACAUGCAAGUCAAACCGUUACACUGACAUUAACUGGAGGGCAAGUGAUCUCUCAACAAUACAUUGACAUGACAAUAACGAUGAUGAAUUCUUUCGGGAUUCAAAUUGAUAGACUUGAAAGUAACGUGUAUCGAAUUCAACGAGGGCGAUACAAGAAUCCAGAAGUUUACAUUAUUGAAUCAGACGCUAGUUCAGCCACCUAUCCUCUUGCUAUUGCUGCUAUAACAGGCACUACUUGUACUAUUACGAAUAUUGGUUCCAAUUCUCUUCAAGGUGAUUCAGCAUUUGCUGUAAAAGUUCUUGCUCCAAUGGGAUGUAAAGUAACACAAACUUCCAUAAGUACAACUGUUAAAGGACCUCCGAUCGGAACUUUACAGUCAUUACCUGAAAUCGAUAUGGAAAGUAUGACGGAUGCAUUUUUGACAGCUUCAGUUCUUGCUGCUGUUGCCACCAAAAACACAAAGGCUGACGACAAUAUUACACGUAUUGUUGGAAUUGCGAAUCAACGAGUUAAAGAAUGUAAUCGUAUUGCUGCGAUGGUUCAUGAAUUAUCAAAAUUUGGAGUCGAAGCUUUUGAAUUACCGGAUGGACUUGAAAUUCACGGGAAACCAAUUCAAUCCCUUAAAACACCAAUUGAAGGAGUUAAAUGUUAUGAUGAUCAUAGAAUUGCGAUGAGCUUUAGUGUGCUUGGUUGUGUUGCGCCUGGUGGAACAAUUAUUCGCGAGAAGAAAUGCGUAGAAAAAACUUGGCCAAGUUGGUGGGAUGCUCUUGAAAAAGAAUUAGGCGUUAAACUACAAGGAGUUGAUCUUGGACCUUCAACAGAGCAAGAUCAUAAUGAAUCAAAUGGUAAUAAUAAAGAAUCUUCUAUAUUAUUUAUUGGAAUUCGUGGAGCAGGAAAAACGACGCUAGGAAAAGCUGCGGCAAAAGCAUUGAAUCGUCAAUUUAUUGAUAUGGACCAUCAUUUUGAGACAACAUUCAAGAUCACACUCACCGAAUAUGUAGAAAAAGAAGGAUGGGAAGCAUUUCGUGCAAAAGAAACAGAACUACUUUCAUCAUUAUUGAAAAAUAAUGGUUUUGGAUAUAUUAUUUCUUGCGGUGGUGGAAUUAUAGAAACCGAAAACUCACGCGAAAUUCUACAAAAAUAUAUAAAUGAAAAGAAUGGAAUAGUCGUGCAUCUAGUAAGGGACGUCGACGAAGUGGAAAAUUUUCUUGAACAAGAUAAAACUCGGCCUGUUUAUGGAGAAACAGUACGCGAUGCGUGGAAAAGACGUGAAAAAUGGUAUCAACAAUGUUCUAAUUACGAAUUUGUUGCUGUUACAAAGACAGCAGUCGUGAAUCAAAAUGGUCAGGUUAUUGACGGUAUUUCUAUCAACAACAUCAAUAAUGAUAAUCAAGAAGACUUUGAUGCGGAAUGGGCUAAAGUAACGAGAGAUUUUUGCCGAUUCUUAAAUUUCAUUACAGGCAGAGAAACUAAUCACGUGGAUUUGAACAAAAUUGAGAAAACAUAUUUCAUCUCGUUGACUUUUCCUGAUAUUAGACCUGCACUACCGGAAAUUGAAGUACUUACUAAUGGUGCAGAUGCUAUCGAAAUAAGAAUUGAUUUACUGUCUUCGUCAUCUAUUAUCCAUGUUGGUCAGCAAUUGGCAUUGUUAAGAAGAUAUUCUGAACUUCCAAUUAUAUUCACAGUUCGCUCAAUUGGACAAGGUGGAAAGUUUUCGAAUAAUGCUGAAGACGAGAUGUUUAAGUUGUUGCAAUACGCGAUAAAAUGGGGAUGUGAAUAUAUCGAUUUAGAAAUUACAUCAUCAUCGCAAAAGAUUGAAAAAUUUUUGAGAUCAAAAGCAAAUAGUAAAAUAAUUGCUUCUUGGCAUGAUCUAUCUGGUAAUACGAAAUGGAAUGGAAGUGAUAUCAAAGAAAAAUUUAGAAUUGCCAAUAAAUAUGGUGAUAUCAUAAAAAUUAUCGGUACUGCAAGUUCAAUAUCCGAUAACUUUCAACUGAUGGAAUUUAUUCGAUUUUACGAACAACAAAACAAUCAAAAGAAACCAAUAAUUGCAAUUAAUAUGGGCACUAAAGGACAACUUUCUCGUAUUCUAAAUAAAGUAUUUACCCCUGUAACUCAUCCCGCUUUACCAACAAAAGCAGCACCCGGUCAACUAUCAAUUGCUGAGAUACAUAAAGGUCUUCACUUGAUCGGACUUUUACCCAAGAGAAAGUUUUAUGUUUUUGGCAAGCCGAUAACCCAUUCACCGUCUCCGACGCUUCAUAAUGCGGGAUUUGAAGCGUUUGGCAUUCCGUAUCACUACAGCUUGUUCGAAAGUGAGAAUAUUGCUGAUGUUAAGCCAAUAAUUGAAGAUUCGGAGUUUGGUGGUGCAAGUGUUACCAUCCCAUAUAAAAUUGAUGUUAUUCCGUUUUUGGAUGAAACAAGUGAACAUGUAAAAAUAAUUGGUGCUGUUAAUACAAUUAUUGCGAAGGAAUUGGAUAAAGACACCAGUACUUCGACAAAAAAAAGAAUACUCUAUGGUGAAAACACCGAUUGGUUGGGAAUAUUGGGUUGCAUUAAAAAAAUCAGUGUCAACAACAUAAACACACCUCCCAUUGGAUCAGAAUCGUCAGCUUUGAUAAUUGGGGCCGGCGGAACAUCACGGGCAGCCAUUUACGCAUUACAUAAACUUGGUAUCCCUAAAAUAUAUCUUUAUAAUCGUACUCACAAAAGGGCUACCGAAUUGAUAUUACAAUUCCCGUCGAGCUAUGGACUGACCACAAUUCAAUCGCUUUCAGAUUCUUUUCAAACUACUCCACCCCAAAUAAUUGUAUCGACAAUUCCUGCGGAUAAUAAUCUUGAAUUUCCUGAUGAAAUAUUUGCAUUUGGUAAACAUGGAAUUGUGGUCGAAAUGGCCUACAAACCACGUCGCACUCAAUUAUUGGAAAAAGCGGAACGCGAGCAUGGAUGGAUGGGCGUGGAAGGAAUUCAAGUGUUGUUGGAACAAGGUUUCUGGCAAUUCGAACUUUGGACUGGACGUAAAGCCCCACGUAAUUUAAUGACUCAAAAAGUUUUGGAAAAGUAUCAAUCAUAA